ACCCUCGCCAUAUGUCUAGGGCAAAAGCGAAAGAACAGCUCAAGCUCAAUGGAGGAUCAGUCUCCAUGAGGAGAUAGUCUCCGUUUAGCACCGCAGCGAGCUGCACUUCAGAUUUACGUCCGAAAUCUGCUCAAGAGAACGACUCGCCGUACGUCUACGAGCCUUCAAGUUGAUCACUUUCUGGCGAGGAUGCCGAUAGAUAAGAGUUGGAUAUUUAUAAAGAAUCGAUUAUCAGAAGAGUUUUGGAAUGGAUUACAAGGUUUUAUAGACUAUGCAAAAGACUUUGUGAAUGAAGAAGGAAAGAUAAGUUGUCCCUGUAAACAUUGUGUAAAUGGGCAAAUGUUCCCAUUGAGAGAUGUUAAAAGGCACAUCUUUGAAUGUGGCUUUGAUGUGACAUAUGCACAUUGGGUUUUUCAUGGUGAGGCGCCUGAGUUACCAUCAUAUCAAAAUCCGAUUGCAGACAAUGAGUCAGAUGAUGAAAUGGCUGCUGUACUGAAUGACAUUGCUGCGGAAACUAACGACCAUGGCAUUGGUGGUGAGACCACAAACAAUACCACUGAUGAAGGGUAUAGUCAGUACAAGGAUCUAUUAUCAGAGCUCCACACAGAGUUGUAUCCGGGGUGUACCAAGAUUUCAUCACUAAAUUUUUUAGUGAAACUUAUGCAUUUGAAAGUACUUUAUAAGUGGCCAAAUGAGUGUAUGGAUUCAGUGCUAAAGCUACUAAAAGACGCACUGCCUGAUGGUAGUAAUUUACCAACUUCUCAUUACGAGUCAAAGAAAAAGUUGAGCAAAUUAGGAUUAGGGUAUCAAAAGAUUCAUGCAUGUAAGUAUGAUUGUGUUUUAUUCUGGAAGAGUAAUGCAGAUCUACAGACAUGUCCAAUUUGCAACACAAGUCGGUG